AUCUUGUUGUUUUGUGGAAGAAAUAAUGAAUGAAUGGAUCCCACGGAAGAAGAGAAGCUGGCUGAUGUCAUGAAUUUCAAUUCAUCCACUUUCUUGAUCGAAGAUCGCCGAGGAACUUCGGAGCUUGAACUUCACUCCCAUUCCUUUCCAACCUACUCAAUCAACCAACCCUUUUCAACUCCUACAAAAACAAAAGCAAACUCCCAUGUUCCCCCUCCGUCCCCGUCCAGCUCUCCUCCUCACCCGUCAGUUUCUGCCCAGACCAGUCACAGCGACAAUAACAAGAGCAAUGUCCGCGUCUACGACUCCAGUCGAAGACACCAUCAGGGAGAAGAUCACAUCCGCCCUCUCCCCUUCAACACUCUUGAUCCGGAACGAUUCGCACCUCCACGCGCACCAUGCGCCCAUGCAGGGUGUUGCUUCCAAGGAGACGCAUUUUCAGUGAGUUCUUUCUUCUCUACACAUACACAUACACAUCCAUAUCUAUAUCUAUAUAUACGUCAUGUAACAAUUGAUACUCAUUCGAGUCAAUCCAGUGUAACGAUCACUUCGGCCGCGUUCAAGAGUAAGCCUCAGCCCGCACGGCAUCGGAUGGUCUACGCCCUUUUGAAGGAGGAAAUGAGCCGUGAGGGUGGAAUACAUGCUCUCCAGUUGCGGACGAGGACACCGGAGGAGGAACAGAGGGACAAAGAGAGGGAGGCACAGGCACAGGCGUAGUCGUGAUUACAAGCAGCUUGAGUUUGAUACCCGUGACGUUCAUGUACACAUGUAACGAAUGUCCACAUGUAUAGAUGUUGUGCGAUUGAAAUGUGACUGGAAUGCGACAGGCAUCGAGCUAUCCCGGAAAUCCUUGGG